AUGGCCCACUUGUAUAUCUUGGCUGCCACUGGUUAUUUUUCCAAAUGGGCGAAAGUUGCACCCUAUAAACAUGUGAAAAAGGAAACAGUGGUUGAUUUCAUCAAAUCGAACAUUAUCUAUCGAUAUGGUGUCCCUCGGUACCUUAUCACUGAUAAUGGGAUGAAUUUCAAAAAUAGUUGGGUAACUGACCUUUGUGAGAAGUUUGGUUUCAAACAACGUAAGUCCUCCAUGUACAAUGCCCCUGCCAAUGGUCUUGCAGAAGCAUUCAUUAAAACUCUUUGUGAGUUAUUGAAGAAAGUAGUCAACCAGACAAAGAAAGAUUGGCAUGAGCGAAUGGAAGAAGCAUUGUGGGCAUACCACACUACGCACCGUACACCUACUCAAGUAACUCUGUAUUCUCUGGUCUAUGGCGUAGAAGCGGUUCUUCCAUUGGAACAACAGAUCCCUUCGUUAAGGAUUGCCAUAUAG